AUGACACUUUUACAAAUUUAUGAUUUCAAUCAUUUGGAAUGGAUUUUCCAAGAUAUCGAUAUUUCAGUUGAAAAUAAUUUGGAAUCAAUACAAUUUUCAAAAAAGAGUUGGAAAUUAAAUGUAAAAAGAAAUGAUAAAGUUUAUUAUAGACAUAUUUUAGAUUCGAGUUGUAAUAUUUAUAUAUUUUUAAAUAAUAAUAAUAGUAAUAAUAUUAGUACCAGUAGCAGUAACAAUAUUAAUAAUAAUAAGUUAAAUUCUAUCACUGAAGAGGAUGAAAAUGAAAAUAUAGAUGUAAAUAAUGAAAAAUGCAAUAGUAGAAAUAGUUUAAAUAAAAGUAUAGAAUUUGGUAAUAAUAUUGGAAAUAAUAUCUUUAUUAUAAAUCUGGCAGAGAAAACACUAGAUUCGAUUUUGGGUGAAAAUGAAAACUUGGUUGACAUUGAAUAUGAUGAACCAAUCUCUGAUUCAUUACUGAGUAUAUUGGAUACUAUCGAUACAAAGUUUAAUACACUCUACUGUUAUAAUACACCAAUGUACUCUCUUUCAAUACCACUCAACACUAGAUUCCCAAUUUCAAUUAGAAAUCUAAGAUCUGAAGAUAGAAAAUUAAAAAAUAUGAUUGAAGAUUUUGAAGAUACUCUCAAGCUUUUAGAGAAUGAAUGUAUUUUCGUUAGAGAUAAAUUAAAUCUUUUCAAUUCAAAUCAAUUUACUGAACAUUUCGAGAAUGAAGUUAAACAUUUCAUUAUGUUUUUAUCAAAUAUAAGAUUAUCGUGUGAUAAUAUUUCAAAAGAAUUUUUAUGGAAUCAUGUUGAAAUAUUUCUACAAUUUAGAGAAUUUAUUAGAUUGUUCUAUUGGAAAUCAGGAUGUUCGGAUGAUGAAAUACACUCUCCGUUGAUGUUGAAAUCAAAUCUGGAGAUGACAUCUUCUUGUGAUAUUGAACCAUUGGUUCUCGAGAAUAUGAGUUGUCUUUCGAGUUCAUCAUCUAGCUAUCUGAUGCAAGAGAGUGGAUCUGUCUAUAUGGAAUUGGUUGAUCAGUGCAGAGAUAUCUUUGGUUGUGCCAAGCGAUUGUUAAACUCACUUGACAAUAGUACCGAUCAUGCUAGUUUGGAGUCGACUCUCUUGACUUACCAUGCAACACUCGACCGAGCAUCUCCCAUUGUCACCAUGGCAACCGAAUGUAACAAUUUCAUCCAACAACAAAUCGUAGUUUGUUCACCUCCACGCACAAUGGUAAUCAACCAGCUCAUGGAUUUCGUUGGCAAUCUGAACAAGUUGAUCGUCUCACAAAACACAUUGACAACUAGUAAUGUUUGUGUUCAACAACUGAAAGAUCACAUUCAAGAGUUUAUCAAGAAUAUUCUCGGUGUUCUGAGGUGUGUAAUGACAAGCUAUCCCUAUGCAAUCGGCAGUGGAAUAGGUGGACAUUCAACAUGUUCCUCGCCAUCAAUAAUGUACCCCACCAUUGCAACACCAAGAUCAGUAUCAAGCUACAAUCUCCAUCAUGCAGUGUCAGCCGACUCGCCAAUUCUACCGACUUCAUUGUCAUCCUCUAAACUUCAAUACACUCUACGCAAACGUAGUCAACACCUAAGUUAUGCAGCAUUCCAGUUACUUCCACAAUUGAAUGAAACACUAUCUUCCUACUCUCUACGAUCUAAUAGUAGUUCAAACUUGAAAAAUAAUAACCAAAAUAAUAUCAGUAUUAAUAAUAAUAAUAAUAACAACAAUAAUAUUAAUCAUAGUCAAAUCAUUUCAACAAAUUCUACCGAUGAAUUAUUGAAUACCAUAGAUAUGUUGGAGAUACUCUCAGAUCCAAACAAGAAAAAGAUGGAACAAAAUGAUGAAGAGUUUGGAUCGAUUGCCAAUCCUGGUUUUGCUCCGAAUGCCGAAGAUAUGGAAAAGGCAAUUCAAUACUCUAUCACCCAAUUCUUGGCAAGCUUUCCAAACAAGACACCUGAACAAGUCGAUAGAUCUAUUUGGUUGGAGAGAAACGAUGAGAUUUGUAAUGUUGUCUACGAUGAUUCACCGGUACGAGUCGGUCACUCCAAGCCAAUCAAAUGCGCAACACUCAACCAACUUAUCAUUAAGCUCACCAAUGAACUCAGUCAAGAGCUAAAGUUUGCUAAAACCUUUAUCUGUACUUUUAGAUCGUUCACAAAACCCGAGGUUCUACUGGAGAAGCUAAUACAGCGAUACUACGUACCGAAUUUCGGUAUACAUGCACACAGUCACUUUAGAAACAAGAUACAACGACCGAUCCAAUUGCGUGUCUUGAACGUUCUAAAGAUGUGGGUUGGCCAGCGACCAGCUGACUUUUCUAUCGAGCUUGUCAAGACGAUCACGCUGUUCCUCUACAAUGCACGUGCCACAGGACACGGUCAGAUCUCAGACAUCAUCAUGAAGCAAUUCAAUAGUGUGCGAACAACCAAGAAGAGACUGGAACUUCCACCAUUCGAACGAGUACCAACCGCCAAGAUCUUCUGGAAGAAAUACAGUACCGAAUUCAUAUUGGCGCUGAAUGAGAUGGACGUUGCCAAGCAGAUGACACUCCUCGAUUUCGAUACGUUCGCAUCGAUCGAUGAAUUCGAAUUGUUUGACAAAGCCUGGACAAGACCAGAGCUACAACAUCGCACACCCAACGUAAUGACAAUGAUCGAUCGCUUCAACAGCAUCAGCUCAUUCGUCUCGACUGCGAUCCUCAACGAAUUCGAACAGUCAAAGCGCGUAAAGCUAAUGGUAAAGAUGAUUAAACUCUCAAAGUGUCUAUACAAACUGUCAAACUUCAACUCUCUCCUCGCUUGUCUCGCGGGAAUGUAUUCCUCUAGCAUCUACCGUCUUCAAAAGACCAGAGACCGUAUUCCAACAAAGUAUCAAAAAAACCUUGAACAACUAAGUAAACUGAUCGACACGAAAUACUCUCAUAAGACCUAUCGUGAAUCAAUACAAAAUAGAUGUCCUCCACUUAUACCCUAUCUAGGUAUUCAUUUAACUGAUCUUGUAUUUAGAACUUGUUUAUCAGGUAAUCACACAAAUCAAACAGUAUCAACAACAACCGUAUACGAUUACACCGAAACCACAGAUACUGCAGUUCUUGAGAGAGUUCCCUAG